UUGUUGUCAUUGGCUGAUUACAAAACGCUUAAAGUAAAAAGCAAGAUUCAUCCAGUGAAAAUAAAAGUAACAGGCUACACCGGAGAAAGUGUGCCAGUUAAAGGCAGUUGUAUAGCGACUUUUCAGCAUAGGGGCCAGAUCUUAAAGGCACAGCUCCUGAUCGUGGAAAAGAAAGUGCAGCCAAUAUUGGGUCUAUCAGCAUGUGAAAAACUCAAUUUAGUCAAAAGAGUGUUUGUGGUGACCACAGAGCCCAACAGUGACCAAGAUGCUCUAAUGGCUGAGUACAAAGAUGUGUUUGAGGGACUGGGUUGCUUACCUGGUGAGCACAAAAUACAUGUGGAUGAGGCUGUCACACCAGUGGUACACGCAUGCAGGAAAGUUCCAUUUGCACUGAGGGAGAGACUAAAAGAAGAGUUAAUACGCAUGGAAAAGCUGAACGUGAUAAAGAAAAUAGACGAACCGACUGAUUGGGUGAGUUCAUUAGUGAUAGUGGAAAAGAAAAAUGGUGCAUUGCGAAUAUGCUUGGAUCCUAGAGAUCUGAAUAAAGCAGUCAAAAGAGAGCAUUUCAAGUUGCCAACCCGUGAGGAGAUCAUGUCCCAGUUUGCUGGUGCUAAGUGGUUCAGUAAGCUUGACGCAUCCUCAGGCUUCUGGCAAAUGAAACUUGAUGAGGCUAGUUCUAGACUCUGCACCUUUAACACACCUGAAGGGCGAUACCGAUUCCUCCGCCUUCCAUAUGGAAUCCUGUCAGCCCCGGAAGUUUAUCACAAGACGAUUCAUACAAUAUUCGAACACAUACCUGGAGUAACGACCAUGAUGGAUGAUGUCAUCGUAUGGGGGUCAACAAAGAAAGAACAUGACACGCGACUGAGGCAAGUGCUGGAUCGGAUACGAAGCGUCAACCUGAAACUGAACCAAGACAAAUGUGAGUUUGCUGUCAAGUCACUUACCUUUGUGGGAGACGUCGUAUCUGAGGAAGGGGUGAGUCCUGAUCCAAGGAAGACCUCUGCCAUAGCAAACAUGGAGAAACCUCAAAAUAAGGAAGAAGUGAGACGUUUCUUAGGGAUGGUGACGUACCUGGCAAAGUUCAUCCCCAGGUUGUCCACCGUGUCAGCGCCACUUAGAAUACUUCUGGAACAGAAGAAUGAGUGGAUUUGGCAACAUGAGCAAGAACAUUGCUUUCAGACAUUGAAAAACAUACUUACCUCAGAGCCUGUGCUGAAAUUCUAUGACCCGAAGAAGAACACAAGGAUCUCAGCGGAUGCGUCGCAAUAUGGUCUAGGGGCCGUCCUUCUGCAGCUGUAUGAGGAGACAUGGCAACCAGUGGCCUAUGCAUCUAGGGCCCUGACAAGUGCCGAGGUCAACUACGCGCAGAUCGAGAAGGAGCUGCUGGCUUCUACAUAUGCAUGCCACAAGUGUCGAAUCAGCAUUCUGUGGAGCAGCCGGACACUACACCUCAGAUCGCCGACACCACAGGUGACCUGGUUGACCACAAUUCGCAAAACGAAACAUCAGAUCCGGAAGUUCCAGAUGUGA